ACUCCAAAGACUCUUUUCUUCGCUUACUCUUGAACCUUGGUUAAUUUUUUUGUGCAUUUCUUUUGCUCGAUUCCCGUUUGUUAACAUCAUUUUGUCAUUUAGGUUAGAAUUUUUGGGCAACGAGAAAUGGCAAGGGUCGUCAGAAGUUGCAUACAGUCGUUAUUAAAGAUGGUGAAUUCAGUGAUGGGGAUGGUAGGAAUUGCUAUGAUUUUGUAUGCAUUAUGGCUGAUUAGGGUUUGGCAGAAACACAUGGAUGAAUUACCCUUUGGUGAUGAAUAUGAUGGCCCAGCUCCAUGGUUUAUUUACACUUUACUUGGCAUUGGGGUCACUUUGUGUGUCGUCACAUGCUUAGGUCAUAUUGCUGCAGAAACUGUUAAUGGUUGCUGCCUUUAUUUAUACAUGUUCUUUGUCAUUUUGUUUCUUAUGCUGGAGGCUGUGGUGACUGCUGAUGUAUUUCUGAACCCUGAUUGGGAGGAGGACUUUCCAGAGGAUCUGAGUAGGAGUUUUACUCAAUUUGUAGAUUUCAUCAGGUUAAAUUUUCAAUUCUGCGUUUGGAUAGGCUUGUCAUUUGUCUCUGUGCAGUUCACCCAUGCCUUUAACUUGCAGGGACUAUCUUUUCUCUUGGCCAUGGUACUCAAAGUGCUCGGACCAGAUCGAUACUAUGAUAGAGAUGAUGAGUAUGCUCCUGAUAGGGUUCCACUCCUGAGGAAUUCUUUUCACCCACCGACCUAUGUGGUUGGAGACCCUGUUUAUGGAUCUAAAUCUGAUGUGUGAACUAUCAGAAUUACUGAGAAGGAACUUAGUUAAUAGAAGCAGCCUCAUUCUUCACUGGCCCUUGCAAAAGGGUAGCAACUGAGGGCAAACAGGUGACAAGGGUUCAACCUCAAACUCAGAUGAAGGAAAUGGAAGUCUUACUAUCUAAUUCCUGUCAGUCCAGAUCAGGAUGCAUUUCAAUUUGAAGGUUUAAGGUGGACAAGCUUCUGACCAACUUUGAGUUGGUGUAAUUUAUCUUCUUAUAUAGAUUCUGUCUCAAUCAAUGCUAUGGAUUUUGAAUGAUGAAAAAUUUAUUUGUUCUUUGAAAAACCCAUAUCCUAUUUUUUGAAUGUGAAUAAUAUAAUGUGCAUUUCAUUAAGCUGGAUGAGGAAAUGGUAUAUUGUACAUUUCUUUUCCUUUUCAACCUUUGUAGUACCUGUAUAAUUCAUACAGAUGAGAUAUUGUUAGGAGUAAAGUGCAUGUGAAGAGACAAAGGAAAAAUGGAGCUGAAGAGAGGACAGGUGGCAGUAUUCAAGAUGAAACAAAUGGCAGACAGUUGUUGGCAAAAGAAAACCUGCAGGAAAUAGAAGGAAGACAGGAAAAAACAGAGUAGGAUUCAGAGACAGAACUGGCAUUAACAGAAAAAGAGAUAACAAAGACGCAAAUGUUUAAAAUGACACCCAGAAUGUCUUAACCAAAAAUGGCAAACCAAGAAAGAAGGUCAACUGGGAAGGCAAUAGGAAAAGAUAUAGACUUGGGGGGAAGCACUGGAGGGCAGAAGAACAAGGAAUGAAAAAGAAUUAGAGUGUGGAGAGACCAGCCUCUCGAAAGCUGGAGUUGUUAUGUGCUGCUACGAAUUUAGUCAAAUUUUGUGUUAAUUGUGGGGCGUUAGCAUCUGUUAGUGUUAAUUACCUUUGUAAUAUUUGUAUUGGGAGAAACAUUGAAACUGUGAACUGAUAUCUGUAUUCUAGAAAAUUAUCAAUACAAAUAUCUUCCAUAUUCA